UGUUUCCCAAAACGCAGAUAGAAAUACAAAAAAAGCUGUUGGUUGUCAACUAGCAGACAUGUUACACAAUAUAAUAAAUAAACCGGAUUGUUUUUGUUUAUUGUGAAAUUAACUCAUAACGCAUAAAAGCUCAUUCUACAACUGUUUGCUAGUAUUAUCCCUGAGGAUGAGUGUUGAUGCAGGUGUGUGUGAACGAGCAUGUCACUGAUCGUGUUUGUGUUGGUGGCGCGGCUCAGGGACGGACUCCCUCUGUCCGCCUCCACCGACUUCCAGCACAGCAGAGAGCUGCAGGAAAGGAAGCAGCAGAUCCGCACCAUAUCAAAAUCUCUGAGUUCGCUUCCUGAGAGAGGGAUCAUCAUGGGUCAUGAGCUCCAUAUCUACUUCUACAUGUCUGACGGCGUGGCCUACCUAAGUGUGUGUGUGUGCAGUGUGUCUGCUGCUGUGGCCUUUAGCUUCCUGGAAGAUCUUCGCUGGGAGUUUACAGCCAGCUUCGACAGCCCAGCGGUGGCCCAGGCGUGCCGGCCGUACCCGUUCUUAGACUUCGACGGCGUGAUACAGAAGCUGCAGCAUCACUAUAACCAGAGUGGAGGUCCUGCUCUUGGAGUCACUCUGAGCACAGUGCAGGAUGAGCUCAGCAUCAGUCCUCCUCACAUCCUCACAGUGGAUGAGAUACAGCUCAGUAACGGAGUCGCAAACGGCCACGCCGAGCAGGCGGCCACGUCAGGCCAGACUCAGAGGCUGGAGCCGGUGUCUGCUCCUGGAAUCCUCUCGCUCAUCCUCAACAUCAUGUGUGCUGCUCUCAACCUGAUCCGGGGCAUCCACCUCAUCGAGUACAGCUUCCAGGACGAUUAUGAUGGAUUGUGGAACGUCGUGGCGUUUCUGGUGGCGUUCGUGUGCUGUGUUUGCCAGUGCCAGCUUUAUUUAUUCCACUCAUACAAGAAGACGAUCAAGUCUUUAACGCUUCUCACCGUCAUCGUCCUCUGUAACGGUUUCCUGUUCGGCCUGAGGAACGUGUGGCAGCUGGCCUUCCACGUGUCUGUGGCCUUCCUCUCCACCCUCCUCAUCCUCAACCGUAAACUACUGGACAGGAGCUCGGACUGUGGAGUGUGAGCUUACACACACACACACACACAGGACACGUCUGCCGGUACUGCUCCUGCAAACAUAGGUGGUAGUAAGACACGAGGUAAGACGUGACACGUGACUUGAACCUGCCACAGAAGACCAAAUUCCAGGACAAACAUUUCUGAAUCUUUGUAUAUUUGCGUGUUUAACAGCAGAAUGUUUUUUCAUCUGUGUUUUUUUUUUGUUUGUUUGUUUAUCACACUCACAAAUCAGUCACUUUUUUCUCUUCACAAAUGGAAAUGCUUUUGUAGGAUAUGAAACGUUUGACGGUUAAGAGAUUACAAAAAGAGACUUUCGGGACAAUCUUACAUAAACUAGGCUUCGUGUUCGAUUUCAAAACUUCUUCUUGUUACAAAAAAGUUUGAUGUAACCUUUGUAACAAGUAUUUAUCAACAUUUUCUCUCAGGAGAUUGAUUUGUGAUUUAGUAGCCUGGUCUAUACACAGUGUACAAAAACCCAUUGACGUAUUACACAGGACCUCCUUUACUAGUUUAUCUGUCAUAAGUAACGAUUUGCACUAAUUAAUUGUUUACAAAUCAAUAUGUAAUGAUAAGAACGAUGCUCAUUUCCUCAUUUCUGUAUCCAGCAUUAUUAUUAUUAUUAUUAUUAUUAUUAAUAUUAUUAUUAUUAUUAUUAUUAUUAUUAUUAUUAUUAUAGUAGUAAUAAUAAUAAAACAUUUUUCCUUGCUGCAUCACUCUCUUAAAAAAACACCUGGUUUUACUUUAGUUUGUACUUUUAUAGAAUUUUUAUUUAGUUUAUUUUUAAGGAGCUGAAUUUACAGUCCAGAAAAAAAACCCAGUAUCAUGUUUUAGUAACAUUAACAUUGAGAGCUGACAGAGUUUGAAUUAGAAAUGAGGCAACAUCACGAUGUGACCUGAACCAAGUAACUGAAUAAUCUUUUAUCCGGUCUUCUACGUUUUACACUGGUUUUCAUGGGACGAAUUGUAAAGCUAAAUUUGCUAAACUUUUUUUCCAGAGACUGGAAAACAGACUAGCUAACUAAUUACACACACACACACACACACACACACACACACACACACACAGUCGCAUCUGUUCAGGACAAACACUUCUUAGUCGCAAGACUAUUUGAGCUAGCUUUGCAAUAACACCAUAUCUUUACACCACAUGUGUCAUGCUAACAGCUAGCAUCUAAUACCACAUGCGUCAUUAUCUCACACAGCACGCGCUUCUAUACAGAGGUAGCGUUUGAUGACAUCACGUACGACACGUUAGGUCUAAACUCUAAAUCUUCAAGGGCUCCAUUUUUACUGACAAACUGAUUAAAUAUCUUUUAGCGUAAAGCUACAAGUCCUGAUCGCGGUCUCUCUUUGUGGUUAAGCUCAUAAACCGACUAAAGACUGAGAGAAGAGUGACUUCUUUUAUUUUUUUAUUUUAUUUUUUAUAUAAAUACAAAUGCACAUAUCCUCCUGCUUGAAGUUUGUGUAUGUUAGAAUAAAAUGAUGUUUUUACAUCUGUAAUGUUCGGAGAUGACGUGUGCAGUGUAGAAGGUUUAUCUGUACUAAUGUACUUCAAGAAAAUGCGUGGUCAUUUUAUACACCCCACCCCCCCAUGUGUAAAGAAAUUCCUUAGAGUUUACACGAUGUACAAAGUCAGUUAUUUAUUUAUUUUUAGUUGUUUUUUUUUUUAAAUUCAUGUACUUUUUGAAUGAUUGUGCCGAGAUUGUGCUUUCACUACCUGUGGAUUUAUCCUGCCUGCCUGUCUGUAGGAAUAUGCAGAAAGCCAACAGAGGAUAGCAGACGAUUGUAGCAUUUCUCAUUCAUACAGAUCACGGUGAUGUGAUGUGAUGUGGUAGCCUAGUGGUUAAGGUGUUGGACUACUGAUCGGAAGGUCAUGAGUUCGGAUCCCAGGUCCACCAAGCUGCCACUGCUGGGCAUCUGAGCAAGACCCUUAACCCUUAAUUGCUCAGUUGUAGAAAUUAAAAUAAAUUGUAAGAUGCUAAAUCUAAAAAGAAAAAAGCCAGAGAGAAAAACUGAAAAGCCAGAAAUGUAAAUCUUGAUUGCUCUUCGGUUGUGUGUUAGAUACACAAAGGUUCAGUUCAAAUCCCAUGAACCGAGCUACAUAAAGGUGAUUUUUUUUUUUUUUUUUUCAUUAAGAAAGUGUAAUGCAGAAGUACAGACAGAGGUCAUACUGUUAAUGAUACUGUUGGUGAGAUGUAUAUAGAGUUACUACUAAACUACUGAAAAGCAAUGACUAGUGGAACCACUAUGUAUUUCUGUCAUAGAAAUCAUUUCUGAGUUCAAAUCCCAGCACUGAUCGUAAACCAGUCAGAACAUUAAGCAAAGCCUUCUGAAGAUGAAUGAAAGUCUUACGGCUUCUCAGCUUAGACACUCAGGGACAACCAGAAACCCAGAAAAGUUUGACCUUUAUCUAUAAGUGUGUACUACUGUUCUGUAGUAUGACCAUGAACAGAAGCUUUAUUUCUAUACAAACAAAUUCUUUUUAUUUUGGUAAAACACUCUGUUCUGUUCUGUUCUGUUCCAAAAAAAAAACAUCAUACAGUACAUCAGGUUUGUCCAGCAGUAUUUCUAAUCAUGUACCCGUUGAUCUGUUCUGAGUAUUUAACCAUGUAUGGAUGUUUAAACAUAUGUGAUGUGUAACUUAACAUCCACAUUAACAUAUGAUGUGUAACUUAAUUUUCAUUGGAAAAGUAUGCUUGGAAAUGUAAAUUUUUUUUUUUUUUUUACAGAAGUCAUAAAACAAACAUCUAAGACUGAAUUAGUAAGAAUGAAAGUGCAUGGUAAUGUUCAGUAAUAAUAUACAGCGUUUAUCUCUGGCCCUUAGUAAGAUUUCUAAGUUUCUGGGUUUUUUUUUCCUAAUAGAAUUGUUUAAGAACUCGUUCAUGAACAAUCCUGACCAAAUGAAUGAUAGUUUGUUAUAGCUGCGGUGACUUAAUAUUAACUUAAUAUUUUAGCUAUGAACGGUCUUUAUAUGCAGAAAGGAUUUGUUUUUAUUGGGAUUUUUUUUAAUUAAAUUGUUACACAAAAAAAAGAAUAGUGUCUUAAUUUAAUCUCAAUUCAGUGUCCAAAUAAAUUAAAUAAUAAUUCA